AUGAUCACCGUUAUCGGAUCACUUAACUACGACUUGGUCACAUACACAGACAAAGUUCCUGAGGCAGGAGAAACAUUCCAAGCGAAUGCUUUCGAGAAUCACCAUGGAGGGAAGGGCUUGAAUGAAGCUUUGGCUUGUGCCAAGUUGCGCAGUUCCGACAAGACCGUUGUGAAAAUGAUUGGCAAUGUAGGUUCUGAUACUUUUGGGAAAGAGUUAAGACACUCUCUCGAACAGGCCAAUGUCGACACCACGUUUGUGAAGACAUUGGAUAACCAAUCUUCUGGUGUGGCGGUGAUCUUGGUUGAGAGUUCGGGUGAGAACCGCAUUUUGAUCACUGCUGGAGCCAAUGGUGAAUUGAAGCCUACUGAAGAGGAUUUCCGUACUUAUUUCAAGGACAGCCAUGCUGCUGGGGAUUUCCUUGUCUUGCAAAAUGAGUUCCCCUUUACACUUCAAACCAUCGAAUGGGUGAAGGCGAAUAAACCAUCAAUCAACAUCGCAUACAACCCCUCACCUUUCUACGAGGAACUCAUGACACCCGAGCUAAUGUCGAAAAUUGAUUUGAUCAUUCUUAAUGAAGGUGAAGCUCUUAGCGUUGCCACUAAUGUGUUGAGCAAGUCUGAUAUCACUGAUUUCAAGUCCACCAUUGCGUCUAAUGCAGUGAAAGGCUUCUCACAAUUAGCCGAGAAACUAAAAUCCAUGAUAGGGAAAGACAACUGUAAUACAGUGAUAAUUACGAUGGGUAGCAAAGGUGCAAUUUACACAAGCCACGAGGACACAGCCAUGUUUCAACCCGCUCUACAGGUGACAAAUAUCGUUGACACAACUGGUGCUGGUGACACAUUUUUUGGAGCAGUUGUUCUGCACCUUAGUGAAGGGAAGUCUUUGGAAAAGGCUAUAGAGUUCGCUACAACAGCCAGCGGCCUCGCAAUCCAAAAGAAAGGAGCGGCAGAAGGGAUUCCUUCUUACGAUGAGGUAAAAGAAGCAAGUAAUUAA